AUGACCUGCAGGCCGUGUUGGCGGCCGUGGCCUGUGCUGAGCCAGAAGUCAGCUCGCACGUCAGCAUCAGCUCCGGCGGCCAUACCACCUCCCAUAGCUCUCACAAGCCCCACACCCCAGCCCACGCCCCUGUCCACGCUCCUGCUCCCCACCGCCCUGCUCCUCAUCACCCAGCCCCACACCGUCCGGUCCACCACCCUGCCCCUGCCCCACACCGCCCCGUGCACCACCCCGCCCCACACCACCCUGCCCCAGCUCCCCACCGUCCAGUCCACCACCCUGCCCCUGCUCCCCACCGUCCAGUCCAUCACCCUGCCCCUGCUCCCCACCGUCCAGUCCACCAUCCUGUCCCUGCCCCACACCGCCCCGUGCACCGCCCGCCCCCACCACCCUGCCCCAGCUCCCCACCGCCCAGUCCAUCACCCUGCCCCUCACCGCGCCGUCUACCACCCAUCCCCCGCCCCGUCAUACGUCCAUGAACCCAUCUACAGGCCUACUUACGAGCCGGAACCCACCUACCACGCUCCUGAGCCUACCUACCAUGCUCCUGAGCCUACCUAUGAGGAACCUACUUAUGAGCAUGAGCCUAUCUACGGCCCACCUGCCCCAACCUAUGCUCCGCCCCACAGGCCGUCUUAUGCUCCUCCCUCCCCUAGCUAUGCUCCUCCUACUCCUACCUACGCCCCACCUAGGCCUUCUUAUGCCCCACCGACUCCCUCCUACGGCGCCCCUCAUCACUAA